UUCUUCACCAUUUAAAAAUACAUAUAUUGCUUUAAACGCUUAAUUCCAUGCUGAAACUGUAUCUUGUUUCUAGAUAUUUCUCCUCCCUGUUUUAUGUAGGUGUGUUAUUUUGUUUCAGUGAGAAUGCUAGAUAGUGUAUUAGCUUAUAUAACCCGCACGCGCAGCUCGUGGCUGACCCUGCUACAGGAAGUGCAGAUAAGGUGUAGAGGCGAGAGAGAGAUAGAUCAUUCACUGUCGCCCUUUCACUGGAAAUAGCUGUUAGUAAUGAAGUGUUGCAGUGUUAGGCGUGGCAGCAAGGUGAGAGUGAUCAGUCGCGAAACUGAGGUUUAUUUCACAUUAGCUGUGGAUAACUUUACGUGUUUGGACGUGAGGCGCGAGCUCUUCCAUGCUGGAGUUCCCUAUGGCUGGGACAGGUGAAUUGCUGGUUCUCUCUUCACAUUAACACACAGGAAGAGUGGACCCACCAUUGAUUUGAAGUCAAGCCCCCGUGAGGGAGCAGGAAUCUCUCUUCGCGUCCUUGGGCCAGUUGUGUUAUGAAGAAGGAUGAAGUUGCGACUGCACUGCGUGGUGGACUCCAUGGGCUGGUUCUGUCUCAGCACAGUGCUGUUCAUCUGGUUUUACAACACCAUCCUCAUUCCCAAGCUGGUGCUGCUGCCCCACUAUGCUGAGGGACAUAUACCCGGAGCGCUAGUUGCCUGUUACUAUGUAGCAUCACUCUUGUGUGUGUCUGCAUUGUUAAGGGCUUCCACAGCAGACCCAGGACGACUCAAUCAAGACCCUAAAAUCCCCUUGGCAGAACGUGAACAAUGGGAGUUGUGCAAUAAAUGCAACCUUAUGAGGCCAAAGAGGUCACACCACUGCAGCCGCUGUGGACACUGUGUGCGUCGCAUGGACCACCAUUGUCCCUGGAUUAAUAACUGUGUUGGGGAAGAUAACCACUGGCUCUUUCUUCAGCUGUGUUUCUACACUCAGGUCCUGAGUCUCUACACUCUUGUGUUGGACUUCUGCCAGUACUACUACUUUCAGCCUCUAGUCUCAGUGGACAAAGAGUUAUUUAUGGUGCGUCAUGAGUUGGCGCUCUUGCGCGUGUCCUGCUUCAUGGGAUUGAUUAUGUUCGGAGGAAUGAGCAGUCUCUUCUACUCACAGAUCACAGGAAUCCUUUCUGACACAACCACUAUAGAGAAAAUGUCACACUCCUCAGAAGGGAUCAGUGCUCAUCGGUCGUGGCAGCAGUCGUUGGCCGAGGUGUUUGGCACACGCUGGAAGCUCCUGUGGUUCCUGCCGUUCCGAAGCAGACGGCCACUGUACCCGAAUUCCUCCUCCUACUUGCACGUGUAGCAAAGCAGAGGCUGGGGUCGAGGACGUGACCCAUCUACUUUACACUCCUCCUUCCUUCUCUUCUCUACUCCGUCGCUUCACUGUGGCCUAACACUUCUGAGGUACCAAAAAUGCAGUCGUCUUCAGGUUUUGCUCUGUUAAUGAACUUGACCACAUUGGAUACGAUUCCUCUUAUUCCAUGGCCAAACUCUUAUCCCAUGCUACAAUUAGAGUUAACUUUUGAUUUUGGUGGCGUGUGGUGGGGUUUUUUUGUUUUUUGUUUUUUUUUUUAAAAACUGAAGGCUUUAUAAAUGGCAUGUGUAUGUGUGUAUUUGCGAUGUUAGGGAACAUCAGGGUACGACUGAAUUAAAGGGUUUGCUGUUUCCAGGGUAACACUCUGUGAUUCGGUGAUUGGCAGGGUGCAGCUUAGUCUGAGAGGUUUUAUCUCUGGCUUAUUGGGGUGGGUGGCUGAUGGCUCUAGAGGUGAGCCAUGACCUCUGGCAAGAGCUGAAGUCAACCUAAACACUAUCUCUUCUCACAAACACUUAGCAAAGCAUCAUGUACCACAACACUGAAUCCUCAACUUGAAUACUAAUCAGGUGGCAGCACAAAGAUGCAUUCCAUUCAAUUACAUUUUUGCUUAUUACUUAUUUUAUCACAUGAUUUGUGCCUUUUGGAAUAUGUCAGAGUUUAGGUAAUUUUUUAUAUAUAUUUUGCCAAAGUAUUUAAAAUCAUACAUUGAUUCUAUUGGAGACAGUUAUUCUAAUGUCCUAAUCAUUUUAAAAGAUUAAGCUUUUAUUUUGUUUGGGGUCCCCCCCGCCAUAUUAAACCUCUGAUUUGAAAUUUACCAAAAAUAGACCAAAUGCACAACUGGUCUACAGUCAUGUGAAAAAAUAAGUACACCCCAUGGAAACGUUGGCUUUUUUGUCAUAUUUGGACAAGCAAGCAUUUGAUCAUUUUUAAAAAAAUAUUUCCUAUUAAUAAAGUUGAUAUACUUGAACAAAACCACAAGGAGAAUUUCAAGAAUAAUCAUUUAUUCGACAGAAAUACCAAUAUAGCUGAUAUUAAAUAUAUGCUAUUGAAUAUAGCAUGUUUGGUCUGCACCAAACAUGUGUGCUGUUACUGUGGCCAAACCACUCUAUCUUUUGAUUUGUCCGUUCAGAGCACAUUAUUCCAGAAGGUCUUUCCCUAUAUGCUCAUUGGCAAACUGUAGUCUUGCUUUAAUGUUCUUUUAAGACAGCAAAGGCUUUUUCCUGGCACGCCUCCCAUGCAGGUCAAAUUUGUGCAAUCUCUUUCUGAUCGUAGAAGCAUGCACUUUGACACCAAAAGUUGCAAGACUUACUAGUAAAUCCUGUGAUAACAUUUCGUGGUUCUUGGAAACUUUUUUUUGCAUGUCUGCUCUUGGGCUGAAUUUGCUGGGAGGGUCAGUCCUGGACAAACUGGCAGUCGUUUAUAUCACUUGUAGAGAAUUUUCCUUACAGUGGAAUGAUGUAUUUAAAAUAAUUUCUUCGAGAUCUUUUUCAAUCCCUUGCCAGACUCAUAUUUAUCCACAACCUUUUUUUUUUUUCUGAAGGCCUUACAAAACUCUUGAGAUCUUGGCACGAUGACACGACACACCUCGAUAACAAAUGGGACACUAGAUAUGAGAGGGGCAUAAAUAAGGCAGGUUUACCUGCACUGCCUAAGCAGGUUCUAAUCACUGGCACCCAAUCUUAAACACUUGAUUCUAAUUUUAUGGAUUUGAAGGUGUGAUAACUGUAGGGGUGUACUUACUUUUUGCAUGUGACUGAUCUGUGUUCAUAUAAAUUGUGAAAAUUACUACAAAAUAUCGAUUUUUCUGUUAUUUGAUAGUGUAUCAACUUUAUUAAAUUAAUUAUUAAACAGAUUUUCCUUGUGGUUUUGUUCAAGUACAUCAACUUUAUUAAUAGGCACUGUUUCAAAGAGGAUCAAAUGUUUGCUCCUCCAAGUAUGUCCAAAAAAAAAAAAAAGCCAACAAUUUCCAUGAGGUGUACUUAUUUUUCACACAACUGUGUGUGUGUGUGUGUGUGUGUGUGUGUGUGUGUGUGUGUGUGUGUGUGUGUGUAUGCAUGCUGCUGAAAAUCUGCUUUGGCCAUUUCCUGUUUCCCUGGAGAAUAAAAUAUUUGGGGAAAUCUAGGAACUUUUAACACAAGAGACAGAUGGUUGGUUGGACCUUUCACAAGUCAGGUAUUCUUAAUGAAAUAUAACAGUAAAGCACAAUUAAGGCCAGUUUGAGUAAAUGUACCCAUAUCCACUGAAAAAUAUGAUGAUUCUGUGUUUUGUAGCUGACAGUUCAGGGGCUCUUGUGAAGAUUGAUGGCAUCAUGAAUUCCAGGACGUUUAGAGUUGGCCAUCAAAAGAGCUUUCAAAAACAUGAUGAUGAAUAUACACCCAAAUCAGCACAGAAGAAAUAUGUGACCUGAAUUGAAUAGGGCACAUUGCCAGUGUACAAAUAAGAAUGAAUUUGAAAUGUCCAGCAUCCCUCUACAUGUGUCUCCAUCCUUGUUAGACAUUACAGGAUUUCUCUACAGCUGAGAAUUCACCAGAUAUUAAUUUUAGGGGUGAAAUUAAUCUGCAUGGGGUUGCCAAUAAUUAUGAAGUUGACUGUAGUCUUACCUUUUUAUAGGAAUUUUAAUGAAAGGUUUUGUUUUAUAGCCAUUCGUUAUUAUUAUUUAAAUCUCUAAAUUUUUAUUUAAAUCUCUAUUUUAGUGCUAAUUUCUAUUGCCUUGAUUUGGAGGUCGCAUUAGACCAUUAGGAUUGAACAUUUUUAGUGUAAAAUUUGAUUCUCAGUUUUGGGGCUUUGCUGGUUUCUGAUCAAAGUCUCAGCUUUAAUAAUGUCUCAAAAUUAUUGUGAAAUUCAGGCAAAUUCAAAUAAUCUGAUUGGAAGAUAGGAUGAGGUUCUCACUUUUGGAUGGCACUGUUGCCUUAUGUCUGAAUAAAUGUCUUAAUUUAUUUGAAUGUUGUCUAAAAAAAUGUAAAGCACAGUCUUGAUAGUCAGCACUGAAAUGAGCAUGUGUCUGUGUCUCCAUGUUUAGAACAGAUCAAUACCAUGGGUAUCUCUUGGUGGAGCGGGUCACAAAUAUAUUUAAUGCAAUAUUACAAUGGAUUAUGGAAAGCCAGAUCUUAUACCACAGUCCGCAAGGUUAGAAUUGAGAAAUAUAAUUAUGCUGUGCCUAUUGUACAUCUCUCAAUGGUGUGUGUGUGUGUGUGUGUCUGUGGGCAUUUUGAAUCAUAUUUGUUUCGUUUACCCACCGUAGCUACAUAGCGACACUAUGUAGCUUUUUUUUUUUUUUUUAAAUGUAUAUGCACACAAGAAGGGAUCUUAUGGCUUUGUUUAAACCUAAACUAUUUAAUAUGAUUGAUUGUGAGUAUGGAUUGUUUACCUCCCAUUUUUUAGGAUGAAUAUUUAUUGAUAAAGUUGCCUCCGUCAUUAAUAAUGAAGGUGCUAGUUUAGCUAGUGUGCUGUAAAAUGUAUGGAAAGGGUGGCAAGUUGAACAAACCAGAUCAAAAAGUCAGUUUCCAAAAUAUCCUAGCUGAGCACCGUUUUUUAAUUUUAUUAUUUUUUUAUUUAUUUAUUUUUUUCCUUUUUUUUUAUAUAAAUGUGCUGUACUACAUUAUCAUUUAUCUUAAAUUUUAUGCUAUGUUUACAAACAUUUCUCACCAAUAUAUAACAUGAUACUGAUUUUUUUUUUUUUAAUUAUUGUUAUUAUUAUUUUUUUCUGUGACAUCACAUUAUCGUUUAGAAGUAGUGGGUUUAUUCCGUGUUCAACACUUCAUUUGGUUGAGUUUGCUGCUGCAUGAAUUGCCCUAAAAUUCUUUGCUUCUUUGGACUGUGUUCAGAUGCACAGCGUAAUUUUGGUGUUUUUAAUGUCAUGACACCACUGGGAAUAUGCCAUGUUAUGGAGUAAAAAAAAAAACAACAGGUGUGCAUCAGGGCUGGGACCCAGCAAAAAGUCUCAGGAGUGAGCGAUCAGAUAGUGGCCUUUUUUUUUUUUUUUUUUUUUUGGAGCCGUGACCUAUCUGACCUUUCAUUAACAUGGAGGUGUAUAGUGUGCUCAUGUUUAUUCCUCCAUCUUCAGUUAUUGCUACAUGCUGGUCACUCUUACGGAAGUAUUUUCCAGACUAUUUUCAAAACUAAUUUGCAAAUUUGUAUUUUCUAUUUGUGUAUGCAUAAAUUGUGACUUUGAAAUACAAACACACCCCAUAGUAUGCUCCCACCACCCAACACUGAUUGACGGGUUUCUGCGCAAGGCAUUGUAGAUGCAAACGCUAAGGGAAUUGUGAUUCCAUUUGUAUUUUUGGCUGGCUCCAUACACAAUGCUAUAAAUAGCUACUGCUAUAUCGAUGUGAUGGUUGUGACUCGUAUGACAUGCAAAAUGCAAUUGCAAAUAAACUUUGCUUUUUCAUUUGAAAUUUGGCUGACAUUGUGUGUUCCUGUAAACUGCAAUACGUGAUUUGCAUUUUCCUUUGAAUUAUACUAUAAUUUAUGCGUCCGCAAAUAGAAAACGCAACUGCCAAUACAAUUUGCAAUUAGUUUUUAAAACAGUCUGGAAAAUACUCUGGUUUUUAAUUUACAAAUUUUGUUUAUAUUUUGUAAAACAGAGCCAACUAGGUUCAUGAGAUUAUCACGAGGAGGUAUAAACAAAAAUAGCCCCAUGCACACCUCUAGAUUAAAACGAACCACAAUGUGGUUUAGCACUGUUUAAAAUCAUGGCAUGUCUCUAUAAUAUUUGUACAUUUCCAUCCAUAUUCUCAUUAUAUUGAGUAAAAUAAAUAAAGUAUUUAGUCAAUGGCAAACAGUUAGUCUGCUUAAAUUUACUCAAAGUGCUCAUAUAAACUUAUAGAUGUGUACCUGUACCCUAGAAAGCAAUAAGACCUGCUCAAAUCUUCACUGUGCUAUAGCAUAUAUACAAAUACUCAAAACUUCUACACAUGCUGAUAUUCUUAUUAGGAGGGUUAGCCAUGUGCAGGAAGUGCUGCCUGUGCUGUUUGGUUUACGUCUACUGCUGCGAUCAGUAGAAGCCGCGUACUGGAAAUGUACUCUUCUCUCUGCACUAUUGUGAGCUCCUAAUUCAGGUCUAAGAUGUAAUCACACUUGGGCUCUUUUAUUGACUCUCCUUGUAUCGAUUCUUUUCAUGUGGUGUGAAUCAAAUGGUUUACUUACCGUUAUUUUGUGAUUUGAGACUACACAGUAUGUAAUAUGUGAGUUGUUAGUUCUUAGGGUGGUUUUCUGUUGUUGUUGUUUUUUAAUAAAUAUUGUGUUUUUUAAAAUCUGGAA